CUCGCGUGUGGAUCUAAAGACGUGCCAAACCAGCAGUAAAGCGCGCGCGCGCCAGUGGAGCCGUGGAGCCUCCGCCAGCCACCCCCGAACAUCCCCCCCCCUACGACUACUUUUCUUCUUCCUUUUAAAAAAGAAAAAGUUUCCCUGCGGGUGCAGCAUGAAGUGCAGCGAUGGCAAGGAGAGGUAAGACUGUGGUGAGGACGCUGGAAGAUCUGACCCUCGACUCUGGUUAUGGUGGCGCCGCGGACUCCGUCAGGUCCUCCAACUUGUCCCUGUGCUGCUCCGAUUCCCCCCACGCGGCGUACCCCUAUGGAGGCAACGGCUGGCAGCCUCUAACUGACUCCAUGCACAGUCGACACAACAGCUUCGACACCGUCAACACUGUCCUAGUGGAAGACUCCGAGGUGCUGGACUGCGCCGGGCAACACUGCUCCAGGCUGCUGCCUGACCUUGAGGAGGUCCCCUGGAGCCUCGACGAGGUGGAGGCGCUGCUCCUCCUGCCGCGCCCGGAGCCCAGGGGCCUGGGGGCCGGGGCCACGGCCACCCUCGCCAGCUCCAGCAGCGCCGCCAGCUCCGCCACCGUCAGUAGCUGCGGCGGCGGCGGGGGCAGCCCGCCUUCCAAGGAUGCGCUGGCCCGGCUCUCCACCUUGGCCAGCCGGGCGCUCGUCAGGCUGGCCCGGGAGGCUCAGCGGCUGAGCCUGCGCUUCGCCAAGUGCACCAAGUACGAGAUCCAGAGCGCCAUGGAGAUCGUCCUGGGCUGGAGCCUGUCGGCCAGGUGCGCGGCGGCCGCCCUCGGCGCCUUGUCCCUCUACAACAUGAGCAGCGGCGGCGGCGACCGCUUCAGCCGGGGCAAGUCGACCCGCUGCGGCCUCACCUUCUCGGUGGGCAAGUUCUACCGCUGGAUGGUGGACAGCCGGGUGGCCGUGCGCAUCCACGAGCACGCCGCCAUCUACCUGACCGCCUGCCUGGAGAACCUCUUCCGAGAGGUCUACGCGCGCCCUCCAGUUUGCCGGGGCCUCGGCGCCGCCGCACCACCACCACCACCAUCACCAGCAGCAGCAGCAGCACCAUCUGCUCCUCCACCACCAGACACAACAACAACUACCACCGCCGCCCCCCUCGCAGCAGCAGCAAGGGGCCCAGGCGCUAGUGCCGGCUGUGGCGCUCCCUCUGCCGCGGUGCCCGCUGCUGCGCUGCCGCCCCCCGCUCCCGGGACUGCCGACAAGGACCGGGAGAGCAACGGCGGCAGCAGCAACAGCACCAGCCACGAAGCGCCAAAGUUUACGCUGGAAUCCCUGGAGCAGACGGUCAGCAACGACUCGGAGCUGUGGGGUCUGCUGCAGCCCUACCAACACCUCAUCUGCGGGAAGAACGCCAGCGGUGUUCCAUGCCUACCAGAAAGUCUAAAUCUUCACAAAGACCAGCAAAGGUCAAACAAGCCAGGGGAAGUCCAGAUGUUCAGCCAAUCAGAGCUACGGACCAUUGAGCAAUCUUUACUGGCAACACGGGUGGGAAGUAUUGCAGAACUCAGUGACUUGGUGGCUCGAGCAAUGCAUCACCUUCAGCCACUCUGUGCAAAGCAGCAUAGCAACAGCACUCCCAUGCAUCACAAGCCGGGAUCACUAUACUGGGAACCGGAGGCAUUGUACACGCUUUGUUAUUUUAUGCACUGCCCCCAGAUGGAAUGGGAGAACCCAAAUGUGGAGCCUUCCAAAGUCACACUACAGACAGAAAGGCCUUUCAUAGUGCUGCCGCCUCUGAUGGAAUGGAUAAGAGUGGCUCUGGCUCACGCGGGGCACCGCCGCAGCUUCUCUGUGGAUAGCGACGAUGUACGGCAAGCAGCCAGACUCUUACUGCCGGGAGUUGACUGCGAACCUCGACAGUUGAAGAUUGAUGAUUGUUUCUGUGCUUCCCGGAAGCUGGAUGCUGUAGCCAUAGAAGCAAAAUUCAAGCAAGAUCUGGGAUUCCGAAUGCUGACCUGUGGCCGAACAGAUCUGGUCAAACAGGCCAUUUCUUUACUAGGUCCUGAUGGAAUUAACAGCAUGAGUGAGCAGGGCAUGACUCCACUGAUGUAUGCUUGUGUGAGGGGUGAUGAGGCCAUGGUCCAGAUGCUGCUAGAUGCUGGAGCAGAUCUAAAUGCUGAGGUUGUCAGUACUCCUCAUAAAUACCCAUCCGUCCACCCCGAGACCCGCCAUUGGACAGCCCUGACAUUUGCUGUGUUGCAUGGACAUAUUCCUGUAGUUCAGCUGUUGCUGGAUGCAGGAGCCAAAGUAGAAGGUUCUUUGGAACAAGGAGAUGAAAACUAUUCUGAAACUCCUUUGCAACUUGCAGCAGCUGCUGGUAAUUUUGAGCUGGUUAGCUUGCUUUUGGAACGCGGUGCUGACCCUAUGAUUGGGACCAUGUAUCGGAAUGGGAUUUCCAUGACUCCGCAAGGCGAUAUGAACUCCUUCAGCCAAGCCGCUGCUCACGGACACAGAAAUGUGUUUCGUAAGCUGCUUGCUCAGCCAGAGAAGGAGAAGAGUGACAUCCUGUCCCUGGAGGAGAUACUGGCUGAGGGAACUGACUUGGCAGACGGUGCUCCGGCUCCUUUAUGUGCCAGCCGCAAUAGCAAGGCCAAGCUGAAAGCUCUGAAAGAGGCUAUGUAUCACAGUGCCGAACAUGGUUAUGUGGACGUGACCAUUGACAUCAGGAGCAUAGGUGUCCCAUGGACUCUUCACACAUGGCUUGAGUCCUUGCGAACGGCUUUUCAGCAGCACAGAAGACCUCUCAUCCAGUGCUUGUUGAAAGAAUUCAAAUCCAUUCAGGAGGAAGAAUACACUGAAGAGCUGGUCACACAAGGGUUGCCCUUGAUGUUUGAGAUCUUGAAAGCAAGCAAGAAUGAAGUUAUUAGUCAGCAACUGGCUGUCAUAUUCACUCAUUGCUAUGGACCCUACCCUAUCCCAAAGCUUGUUGAAAUCAAACGCAAGCAGACCUCUCGCUUAGAUCCCCAUUUUCUUAACAAUAAGGAAAUGUCAGAUGUUACAUUCCUUGUAGAAGGAAGACCUUUUUAUGCACACAGAGUGUUACUAUUUACCGCAUCCCCAAGGUUUAAAGCCCUGUUGUCCAGCAAACCGGUAUCCGACAGCACUUGUAUUGAAAUCAGCUAUGUGAAGUAUCCCAUUUUCCAGCUUAUUAUGCAGUAUCUCUAUUAUGGAGGUGCAGAAUCGCUUCUCAUUAAAAACAAUGAAAUAAUGGAGCUUCUGUCUGCUGCUAAAUUUUUCCAGCUUGAAGCAUUGCAACGACACUGUGAGAUCAUCUGUGCAAAAAGUAUCAACACAGAAAAUUGUGUGGAUAUUUAUAAUCAUGCCAAGUUUCUUGGAGUCACAGAACUAGCUUCCUAUUGUGAAGGUUACUUUCUAAAAAAUAUGAUGGUUCUAAUUGAAAACGAAGCUUUCAAACAGCUGCUGUAUGACAAGAAUGGUGACUCAUCUGGCCAAAAUGUACUGCAAGAUUUACAGAGGACGUUGGCAGCACGGAUCCAGUCGAUUCAUUUGUCAUCUUCAAAGGGUUCCAUUGUAUAA